UGGCACUUCUUACCCGAGCGCAUUCUUUUUUCGAAAAUUCAAAAUUCCAACGGUCGUCCCUUCUCAAUCGGCCUUCUUCAUCUCUUUCAGAGGAAAAAUCGAAUUUUCUCGGCUGAGAUAAACGCAGCAGCCCACUUUUCCGGUUUCUCGUGCCUCCUUUCUUUCAAACAUCUUUCCCUCCUCGAAUUUAUUCUCUGAAUCAGUAGAAAACCCUAGUCGGCAAGGUUAAAUUUUCUUGAGCGACGUCGCAAGAAAGAAGAAUCAGUUGAAUAGGAGAAGCUUGAAUAUUUUUAUCAUGGUUUCCGUUCAAGUCUGUGAAAUUGGAGAAUUUUGAAGAAGAUGGAUUGGUAGUGACUUUCGAAUUGAAGCCUUAAUGUAUAUGGAAGAGAGGAAUGUGAAAAUGGCGGAUUUAAAAGGUUACUCCAAGCGUGGGUUCUCGGUGACAUUUUCAGAGUUAACCAUGCCUACCAGCUGUUCGCCGGAAGUACCCUGUGAGAAUAUCCAGGAGAGUCCUGCAUAUAUCAGAAAAAGGCAGAAUAUUGCAAUCUCACCUGUUGAGCUCUUCUCUGAAAACCAUGUAGUAUUAGCUACAGAAAAGCAAGAAAAAUCUUCCGAUGUAAAACUGCCGAAAGAAGCGAUCAGUUUGGAAUUUUCUCUCAAUUUUCCACAGAAACUGGAAGCUGAGGGGAGUGUUUUGGCCUUAAAUGCAGGAGGAGUAGAUGCUUCUGUUGCUUACGAGGGAAAAACGUUUGAACAGGAUGGUUUCUACACGGGUGGAGAUAUUAUCAGAGCAGAUGCUCAAGCCUUGGAUGGCAGUGUGCAUGCAUUAUAUCAAUCUGCUCGGUUUGGAAACUUCUCUUAUGAAUUCCCUAAUCUGAAAGAGGGGGAUUACCUUAUCGACCUUUACUUUGCAGAGAUUGUGUUUACAAAUGGCCCCCCUGGAAUGAGAGUUUUUGAUGUUUAUAUUCAGGAAGAGAAGGCUGUCUCUGGCAUUGACAUAUAUGCAAAGGUUGGUCCAAACCUUCCACUGGUAAUAUCAAAUGUGGAAGCUUCAGUUGUUGGAGGGGAGGGUUUAUCAAUAAAGUUUAGAGGGCUUGUUGGAAAACCAGUAGUAUGUGGUAUUUCAAUAAGAAGGGGGGGUUUUCCUGCCGAAAAUGAGAAUAUUCAGAAACAAGGAGAUGGCAUCAAGUCAUUAGAUGGAAGCAAUGAAGAAAUGCUAAAUAUGGACAACUGCCGUGAACAUAGGAAAUGGAAGCGAAAAUAUGAUUUGCUCAUCAAAGAACAAUUAGAAAUGAGAAAAGCUUUGGCUGCUGCCAAAUGCGAAAAUGAAUGCCAUGAGGCCUGGGCAUCAUUACAGGAAAUUCAGAUGGAACUGAUGCGGAAAUCUCUACAUGUUGGCUCCUUAGCUUUUGCGGUGGAAGGACAGGUGAAGGAGAAAAGUAGGUGGUGUCAAUAUGCAGAAGAUUUGUCGGAGAAACUUAAGUUGAUGAAGCUAGAGCAUGCCAAGUUGACAGAAGAAGCAUUGGAAUUUAAAAAUUGCCUUGCCGAUAUGAUUAGCAGGAUGGGCACCAUUUUACCUUCCAUGGAUAGUCACAUUAAUCUUGAAAGAAAAUACGAAGAUCUAAAAUUGAGGUUCAUUGAAGAGUCCAAGGAACGGAAGAACUUGUACAACAAAAUGAUUGAACUGAAAGGAAACAUCAGAGUUUUUUGUCGUUGCCGGCCUCUUAGUUCAGAAGAAAUAUCUAGAGGAGAUGAUAUGGCUCUAGAUUUUGAAUCUGCAAAAGACGGUGAGCUCCUUGUUAAAACCAAUGGAGCACUAAAGAAGUCUUUUAAGUUUGAUGCAGUUUUCAGUCCUGAAGAAGAUCAAGAAAGGGUUUUUGAAAAAACUUCACAUCUUGCAACAUCAGUGUUGGAUGGGUACAAUGUCUGCAUAUUUGCUUACGGACAGACUGGAACUGGCAAAACCUUUACCAUGGAAGGAACAGGAGGAGCUCGUGGAGUGAACUUUAGGACCCUUGAGGAACUGUUUCGAGUUGUCAGGGAAAGACAAGGUUUAUUCCAAUAUGAAAUAACCGUAAGUGUUCUGGAGGUGUAUAAUGAACAAAUACAUGAUUUGCUCUUAUCUGGAUCUCAACCUGGAGUUGCUGCAAAGACACUAGAAGUACGACAAGCUUUGGAAGGAGUACAUCAUGUGCCUGGUCUGGUUGAAGCUCGUGUUAACAACUUGAUUGAAGCAUGGGAGGUUUUACAGACAGGCAGUAAAGCGAGAUCUGUUGGAUCCACCAAUUCAAAUGAACAUAGCAGCAGAUCACACUGCAUCCACUAUGUAUUGGUAAGAGGUGAGAAUUUGGUGAAUGGUGAGUGCACCAAAAGUAAAUUGUGGCUUAUUGACCUUGCUGGAAGUGAGAGAAUAACAAAAACUGAUGCUCAAGGGGAGCGUCUGAAAGAGGCACAAUGCAUUAACAAAUCCCUCUCUGCAUUAGGAGAUGUGAUAUAUGCUCUUGCAACCAAAAGUCCUCAUAUUCCUUUCAGGAACUCGAAACUGACUCAUUUACUACAAGACUCACUAGGGGGAGAAUCAAAGACUUUGAUGUUUGUGCAAAUUAGUCCAAGUGAGAAUGAUGUUGGUGAGAGUUUGUGUUCCUUGAAUUUUGCAAGCAGGGUUAGGGGAAUUGAGCUUGGCCUAGCAAAGAAGCAGUUUGACGGCGGUGAACCUUUCAAAAGUAAACAGAUGGUUGAGAAGGCCAAGCAGGAGAUCAAGAACAAAGAAUUACAGAUAAAAAGCUUGGAAGAGAUGAUCUGUUCCGUAGAAUCAAAGAAUAAGGCAAAAGAUCUGCUCAACAGAAAUCUUCAGGAGAAAAUUAAGGAGUUGGAAUCACAACUUCUGAUUGAAAGGAAACUGGCAAGGCAACAUGUUGACUUCAAAAUAGCAGAGAAUCAACAGCAACAGCAAAAACUGCUUGAACAAAAUACUCCAUUAAGUUCUGACUCUCCUCUUUCAGCAAGUAGGCCUCUUAUUGAGAGGAAUCAAAGUAGUCCUGCAAAUCAAAGAAAAACUUUAAAACCCAUCAUAGAGAACAGUCCAGAUCACUCUUCAGUUUCUGUCACAUUCAAACUCCUUAAUUCCAUAAAAGAUAAGGAGAACAAGCCUGAGCUGGCUGAAGAUACACUCCCUGGAAAUGCCAACAGACUCUCUCUUGAAAAUGCGAUGCGCCGUAUGUCCAUGACUCCAACUAACCGCCGUGAUUCUUUGAUUCCACCUCCAGUAGCAAAAGCAGCAGCAUUGGCAUGCUUUCUUCCUCAAUUCCCAUUGACUGUAAUGGAAGCAGGAAAAGAUAAUCCUUCUGAAGGAAGAGGCUGUGAUCAAGGAGGAAAAAGAAGUAACAAGAAAAAUGGCAUACAGAGGAGAAGCCUACAAAAGAAGCUAAUUAUCAGAUCACCAUUGCCUCAGUCCAGUUGCAGAGGCAACGCAACUGGAGAGAAAUUGAGAGUUUCUAUUGGUAGCAGUGGCUGGAGGACAAGAAGAAUACCUGGAAGUGAUGCUAAAAAGACAGAUAAAAUGUUGUCUCAGCAGAAGCGCCAUGUGAAGGAGAAGGAAAGAGGCUGGAAUGUUGGAGUAACUAGGAAUGCAUUUUGAUCUUGGAUCAUAGUUGAACUCAUUUCAAUUAGGCUUCUUAUUAUUAUUAUUUUUUUUAAUUUUUUAAAGCUUUUGGGCUUCCAAAACAGAACGAUAUAGAAAUAUAUAUCUACUGGCAUGCACUUGUUUUCUGUUUCUGAAAACAAAGUUUUGCUUCCUGCACUU